CAGCAGCUGGAGGCCAUGACAGAGGAGGAAGUGGUGUUCCAGAGGAAAUUAUUUGCUAUGUCCAUGUUCGAGAAGCACAGCGGUACAUCACCUAUCAGUAUCAUGUCACCUUGGUGUAGGGACGAUUUUCUAGAACAAUGUUUUAAAAUACUAAAAAGUACGAACGGCCCGGUAUUUUACGAAAGUGGAGAAUUAAAAAAUUAUGAUGCGAGUAAAAAGCUGGUGAUUCCAAAGGAAACACAGUGUAUAAUAGAAAUAAUAAAUUAUGAACAACAAUAUAUUGAAAAUGGAUGUGGUUGUUAUUAUGGCUUCGGCCACGUCUUGACCGCUUUACACGUCGUCAAAGACGCAAAUCCUUACGAUUCUAACAUGCUCGUCGUUUUCAAGAUGGAAGAAAUUGUACUGGUUUAUAAAGCUAGAUUUGAAGAUUCGUGUAACCGCGACAAAGCUAAAGAUCAGGCGUUUAUCAAAUUAUAUGGCGAUACUACACCUCUUGGUGAGGGCUUACACAAUCAGGUCGGUAAAAGCAAUAAAAACGGCGUAUUCUUUCGAACCGUAGACGCCGACGGGAAUUUUCGUAAGCGCGAAGGUCAAAUCUGUCGUCCAAAUUCAAACAUUAGAAAACAAAUGAGUCCUGGUGAGUUUAUAAUGAAUGUAGCUGGUGAAGCUGGAGACAGUGGUUCACCUGUAUUCAAUACCACCACCGGUGAACUGAUCGGAGUUUAUAGAGGCGUCUUUACACCCCCUGAAAAAAAAAACAAUAAAAAAACCCGUUUUGGCCACUAUACUGAAAUUUCUCCAAACUUUUCACCCUGGCGCCAAAUGACGUCUUCUGUUUUUGCAGAUUUGAUUAAAGAAACCUUUCACUAUUUUGUCCGAUUUCUAGUCAAGUCCAAUCCAAACACUCCUGUGGUGUCUGAUUGA